AUGGGCCCCGAGCAGAGCUCUAAAGUGUACAGGCUGAGAUAUCUACCUCGCUAUGUGGACCGCCUGGAUACCGCCAAGAUGCUGGUCGGCUGCAUCCCUGGGCUUCAGUUGGAGGAGAUCCAAAUCAGCUCCCUCGCUUCAGCCGUCGAUAAUCGAUUGAGCAAAACGGCAACAGUCAUGUUCAAGUUUACACCUCAUAUUGUAUGCCGAGAGCCGAGCCAAAAUCAAUGGGACUUUCCCGUUUCUGGGCUCCCGGAACCGAUUGUGCUGGACACCCACUUCUAUGGCUUAACGCCGUUAAAUGAAGUGGACGAGAGCAGUCAUACUGCCGACUGUAUAGUCAUCUCUGGGCUGGGAAGCCACCCCAUGGGAUCCUGGCAGCCAAGGGGUGCAAAAAGCUUCAUGUGGAUUCGAGAUGAAUUGGCAGACUUGCUCACUGGUGUAAGGUUUAUCAUUUAUGGCUAUGAUACCAAACUUUAUCAAAGCAAAUCAUCCCAGGUUCUGCCCGAUCUAGCGAUAUCAUUUAUCGCUAGUCUUCAAGCUGGCGGCUGGGUAUCGAAACCGCUGCUGUUUCUUGCUCACAGCCUUGGCGGUGUUCUAAUGAAGCAGUCUAUUGUCGCUUUGUCCGGAAACCAUAGAGACCAAGAAACCCUAGAAGCAAUGAAAGGGGGUAUUUUUUUCGGUGUGCCCAGUGUAGGUAUGACCAUGGAGGAUAUCUACAAGAUGCUGGGCGAGCAACCCAACACGGCACUCCUCGACUGCCUCUCAGAUAGAUCCGACUAUGUGCCAAAGCUGGAAGAGGACUUUGCGCGUGUAUCAUCUUCUCAAUGUAUGAGAUUGAUCUGGGCAUAUGAAACGCAUGAGACGCCAAGUCUUUCUAAGUCCGGCGAGUCCUGGAGCCGGUCUGGAACUGGCGUCGUCAUGGUUCCGCCAUCUUCAGCCACAGGCGGACGUAUCAAAUCCAAUAUAUUGCCUACCAACCCAAUCACCUCGAACGAUGAGAGCAUUCUUCAAAUCGAUGCCGAUCAUUCGAACAUGGUCAAAUUCACCAGAGGACACGAGUUAAUAAGAAUCGUGGCCGGGAAAUUGAAGCAAAUCCUGCGCAGCGAUAUUCAAUGUGAAGGCGUGUGCCAGCAAGGCGAGAGCCGCGUCACAUCCAACAACGCCCCUGAAUCGACAUCUACCUAUCGUGUGCGGUGUGAAGAGCUACUUUAUGCUCUGGUUCAACUCAACCAUGUCCCAACUGACACGCCAGGAAAUUUUGACUUAGCAACCGAAGUCUCGAGAUUCCUCGUCUUUAGCGGGAAGAUAAUCAAAAUGGCGAGCAAAAUGAGCCAUCAGAUCUUUAGCACUCCCUCUCAGCUCCAGGGGUGGAUUGAUGACGUCGAAGACUUGCGAUGGCUAGUUGCAGAGAUGUGUUCUUCUCCAACAGCACAUGGUGCGAGACUCCUAUCAGUUUUGAACAGCUGCACACACUCGUGCUUCAAGACGUUGAAUAUACUUGAAAGCACAAGCGUGUCCACGGACAAGAAAUUCUUCGGCCGCCCACCCAAUCGAGAUUCCUUGAGACAGAUUUUAGGGUUAGGUAACGACAAAGAGGGGGUGAUGCGGCAAUGCUUUGAGCAAUUGUCAAGAAGUAGAUCUAUUUUGGUUUUAUCACUCGAGUUGUUGAUAGUCGACUUGACGUCCGAAAAUGUCCGAAAACUCAAGGAUUCCCUAGAACUGACAUCGGAAGAGUUAAAGUGUGUUGGAGCUCUCCGCAUUACCGACCCGACCCGUGAUCGCGAAGGCAUCACGACUGAUAAGGGAGAAAUUGUUAAGGGGACGUGUAGGUGGAUUCUAUCAACGGCGCAAUUCCAAUCGUGGAUAGAAGAUGCUGAGAUCUCCCGGACACUUUGGAUAUCGGCGCCACCAGGCAUGGGUAAAACUCAUCUCUCCAUCUUUCUAUCUAAGCGCUUACAGCGCCUGUGCGAGGUCCAGAAAGACAGCAUUGCUCUCUUCUUCUUUUGCGACAACAAGGUGGAAACGCGGAAUAUGGGGAACAGCAUACUUCGCGGUCUGAUAUAUCAGUUGAUUCAGUACCGCAAAGAACUGGUGAGGAUCCCUCUGCAGCAGUGGAGAAUGCAGGCAGAUGUCUUCUCCGGCGCAAACUCGUUUCAGUCUCUGUGGGGAAUGUUCGAGGAUAUGAUAGAAUCUAUGCCGGAUACUAAGGUCUACUGUCUGAUUGAUGCGUUGGAUGAAUGUGAAAAGGAGUCAGCGCUGCUGGUAUUGAAGACGUUCAACAAGCUUAUUGAAGCAAAAUCGACAGUCAAGUUCAUCGCAGUAAGCAGGAGACACCCAGAACCUAUCGCUGAGUCCCUAUCUUCAGCUAUUCCUGUUGAAAUUGAUAGCGAUAUAGCGGCAAAGGACGAUGUCAAACGCUAUAUUGCGGAGAAGGUGGGCCAUUUGGCUCAAAUCAAAGGGAUUGCCAACAAGCCAUUACACCGUCAGAUUGAGAAUGUGUUCCGCACAAAAGCACAGGAUACGUUUUUAUGGGUCAGUUUCAUGACGCAUGAUCUUCUUCCGAAGACAGUGGUGCAAAUAGAAGCGGCACUGGACCAGCUACCGACUGGCCUUGACGCGGUUUACGACCGAAUUCUCGGGCAAGUUGACCCUGAAAAGGCAGAGACUAUAUCAAAACUGCUGGGCUGGGUCGUACUGGCUGCAAGGCCACUUGCUGUAUCCGAAAUCUGUGAAGCGUUGUAUAUUCAACCCACGCCCUUCAAUGGGCGUGAACAAGUGUGCCUGGAUUAUAUAAGAGCGUGCGGGCACUUACUUCAAGUCAUACAGGUCGAGGUCUGUGAGUUUUGGAAAAUUCGCUGCAAGUGUGACGACGGACUGUUGGAAGAGGACGGAAAGCGGUAUCAACAGCGAGUCACUUUGGUUCACCAGAGCGUCAAAGACUAUCUUCUAAACAACCAAGCGGAUAUCAGGAUGAAAUUUCACGUCCGUGAUCCACGACGCAUGCACGAAGAAAUAGCUACUAGGUUAAUGGAAGAAAUAAGAAAUGGAUGUGUACAGGAUGCUGAGGAAUACUGGAAUUGGUCACUGUCGAGGAGAUUGACAUGGCCGAUUGGUAUUUAUUCCAUUAACAACUGGUAUUUUCAUUUUUCACAGGUUUCCGACUACGGGGCAUUUGCACAGUUGCAUGAGGAUUUCUUCCGUGAGAGAUCAGCUCUUCGAGACAAUUGGUACGUCUGCUGGGGUGGUGAUUCUGAAAAUCCCCGUAAUCUGCCGCUGCUGGCCGUCGCCUGCGAGUUCGGUUGGGAAGGUCCAGCGCGGCGGCUGCUGCAAUUGAGGACGGAGCAAUUUGGGAGUCGCGAAGUCGAAGUCUAUGUCAACCAAGAAUACGGAAACGAGCACGAUACUGCGAUGGAUGUGGCGUGUCGCGCCGGUCAUCUCAACAUGGUGACGCUCUUGCUUGAGCAUGGGGUAAAUCCUACUGGGAUGGCGUUGAUGAAUUACUGUGAGAGUUUCGAUGAGCCUACCACUUUCGCGCAGAUGGUGGCAAACAGAGGCGCCAAGGAAUUGCUGGGAGCAAUAGGAGGAGACCUUCUCAGUGCGGCUGCUUAUUUUAGCAAAGCAAACAUGUGUCGUGUAUUGAUUGAAACCUAUGGGGUGCCCGUCGAUGCGAAAAACAGAUCCGGGAAGACAGCACUCGGCAACGCCCUGAAAGCCGGACACAUGGAACUUGCACACAUUUUUGUCAAGGAGUGGCGCGCAAGCACUGAUAACCAUUGGCAUCUACUGGAAAGCGUCAUGCGGCAGUUUAUCUAUUUAGAUGACGCUACUGCUGCCCGAAACCUUCUGCAUAUCAUUAGGCAGUGGGGCAUCAACAUCAAUGCAUCGGACCCUGUCUCUGGAAGAGGUCUCGUACAUCAGAGAGCCAUGGCAUUAAUGAGCGAAGAAGACCUUGAAAAGCUUUUGUGUCUUGGGCUCGAUCUUUCCGCACAAGAUCACUGUGGGAACACCGUCUUGCAUAGCAUGCAUAGCCUGCGACACUGGGAGCUUUGGGGCAGGCUAGUAGCCAUGGAUGUACUCCUGCUUCUCUUGCAAGAUGAGCGCCUCAAUGUCGAUGCCGUAAAUAUCAACGGGGAAGCAGCCCUACAUGUAUUUGCUUCCUGCAUCUCGGCCGAGACCCAUCAUUAUUACCUCAAACUCCACAGCAAAGGUUCAUGGCAAAUGGCUAAAAAUUUACUGGACCUGGGCGCCGACCGAAAUUUGCAAAACAAGAAAGGCAAGUCUCCUUUAGACCUAGCCUACGAAAGUGUAGAUAGCACGUGGGAACACUACUACAGCUCGGGCGCGACAUCUCCAUCGUCUCUUUCAUUCUCGCCGGAUGAGGAUGAGCAUGUUAUGCUGUACGAAUGCAAGGUGGAUUUCUUGAAUGUUCUCUGCAACUACGCAACAGUUCCUAUGUUUCGCUCUUCGUCGGAAAAAGUUGAGGCGGAGAGAGCGGAUUCCCACCAUGGAGAAGAGAGUGGCACCCAAACAUUGAGCGCAGGAGCCAAAAGGUCUGGCCGGGCGCUACACUAUGUGAGCUCUUUCGUCCACGAUCAGAGGGGACGGUGGUUUGCUCGAUCAAGCAGGCGGAGG